AUGAGCGUUGCCUAUGAGCCGAGGUCCUUUAUCCACGAGGGCGCCUACCCGUCCAUCGGCGACGAUCACGACCACCAUGUCGCCGAGCAACGCUACACAGACUCCGACGUCGCCGAGCACCUGGGCCACUACACAGCUGAGGCCUCCAUCCUCGACGAUGAGCGCCAAGUCCUGGCCGGCGACGGCGACGUCAUGGGCGACGACGGAGGCAUCAUCCCCGAUGACGACGACGACACCGCAGCGACAGCGACAGCGGCGGCGGCGGCGGCGGCCGCCGCCAGCGUCGUUGCUGCCGCGGCGCAAGAUGCGGAGAGACUGGGCCUGGACUCGUCGACGUUUCCCUCGCCCAUACACAUGCCUCUGGCCUCGUCGUUGAUGGCCGACGAAGGACCCCUCGAGAGUAAUGACCUUUCUCCUGGCGCCGGCUCGCCGUCUUCAGUCUCCCGAAGCAAGCCCAUUCCUAAGCCUGAUCGCGACGUCAUGAAGCAGGCAGAUGGCAAGUACCAUUGUCCCUUGCCUGACUGCAAGGAGGACGUCAACGCUUUCUCGCGCAAGUGCGAGUGGAACAAGCACAUGGACAAGCACGAGCGUCCGUAUCGAUGUCCCGCCGACGGCUGCGAGAAUCUACCCGGAUUCACAUACUCGGGCGGCCUCCUCAGGCACGAGCGCGAAGUCCACGGCAAGCACGGCGGCCCCAAGAACACGGUCAAUUGUCCGCACCCCAACUGCAAGCGACACACGGGUAAGGGUUUCUCCCGGCAGGAGAACCUCAACGAGCACCUGCGCCGGGUGCACACCCACAUGGACGGCUCGACGCCCCCAGCCGUAGACAGCGCCGCCUCGCCCGAGGACAACGAGAGCGAAAAGUCAGGCGCGAAGCGGAAGCGGCGGCAGAGCGACGCGGGCAACGACGAGGCGGCAGGCGACCUCCGGGAUGAGGUCAAGCGCUUGCGCGAGGAAAACGCGAAGCUCAAGGCCGAAGUGGAACAGCAGUCGGAGCACUCGCUUGCCAUGAUGGCCCAGAUUGCGGAGCUUCAGGAGACGUUGCGCCAAAGCCUGACGCAACAGGGACUCGCGGCACCGACGGCGCAGAUGAUCUAG